AUGUUAUUUAUAUUUUUCAUAAUUUUAUUUGAUUUUUUUUUUUCUUCUGAUAGUUUUUUAUAUCAGCCACUUUCGGCAGAAAAAACAUUAUUUUCUCUACCAUUACACGAACGUGAAGAUUUUUUAGCUUAUUCACUUGGUGAUGGUUAUUAUCAAAAUUGCACUUGUGUAGAAAGAAGUCUUAGUUUUCCUUAUCCCGAUGGAUUGGGAAUAAAAAAAGAACGAAUAAAUAAAUUUCAGAAAUUAAAUGUACCUGAAAAUUUUACGACAAAUCUAUAUGCCUGGGUGAAGGCUCGUUUCAAUAUGGAACAAGAAGAAUUACGUCAACUUAUUUUAGAAAGAAAUGUUUGUUUAACAGAUGAAAAAUGUAUUGAUCUCAAUGACAUUGGAGCUCUCUGUUGUCCAUUUUAA